GCGUCCGAAGCACUUGACCGAGCAGUUCGAUAUGAAGCAGAAUGUGCUCCAGCCUGUGUCGGCCCCGAUCAACCUCUCCCAGUUGCUCAGCGCGAAGGAAGAGUCGGAGCUGCAGGAGGUUCUCAAGUUCGAGGAUGGAGCGUGCUUUGACACCAGCGACUUG